AUGUGCCCAACCCUAAGGUCCCACGACUUGAGUGCAGAGGAGUCUCUCCUAGAGCCACCGAUACCCAACCAGUCCUCGAAUAGCAAGUCCCCCCUCUCCCCCUCCCCACCCAUCCACCCCUUUUCAGUGACUAACAGACCAAAAAAAAAAAAAAGUUGGGACGAAACCUACACCCUCGAAUCCCAAAACUUCAACGCAGACCCAGCGAACGAGGGACAUGUCUGGUUCAGCGAAUCCGACGCGGAAUUGCGCAUCCUGUCAUUCCUGCGGCGGAUAGCCCCCGAGGCGCGCUCGUUCCUGGACAUCGGCACUGGAAAUGGCCAUCUACUCUUUGAGAUUGUGGAGGAAGGGUCUUGGGAUGGGGGGUUAUUUGUCGGCGUGGAUUACUCUGAUGGGGCUGUCGCCCUGGCGAGGAGUAUUGCCAAGGGGCGGGGGGUGGAGGAAGGGAAGGUUGCGUUUUGGGUUGCGGAUAUUCUGGCUUUAGGGGACGGGGAGGUAGAAGCGGAGGAGUGGGUUCCUCGGGGCGGCUUCGAUGUUUGUCUGGAUAAAGGCACGUUCGAUGCAAUUUCGCUUGGUGAUGGGAGGCUACCGGAUGGGAGGAGGGUAUAUGAAGGGUAUGCGGAGCGAGUGGUACGGGUUAUGAAGAGGGGGGGUGGCUUGUUGGUUGUCACUUCUUGUAAUUGGACGGAGGAGGAGUUGAAGGGGAAGAUGUUGGCUAGUGAAGGUAUGGUGUUCGCUAAUGAGGGCAUAGAGUUAGAGUAUCAUGGGAGGAUAGAGUACCCAUCUUUUUCGUUUGGUGGCCAGAAAGGGCAGACCAUUUCUUCGGUAUGUUUUCGUAGGAAGUGA